UCGCAACCGUAAAAUAAUUUUGAUGAACAUAAAUUGUAACAUAAACGUUAAUUACGUUCAUAAAUGACAUUACGAAUUGGAAACAAAAAUGGAUCAGAAUCUUGAAUCUUCAGAUUUUUCAUAAUGUCUUCAUCUACAGGUAAUAUCAAACAAUCGAUGAAUGAAGAUCGUAAUGAAAAUGAUCACGAUUUUCAAACAGUACCAUUCAAUCCGAAUAAAUCUCUUUCAAUUGAACAGCAACGUCUUCGAUUACCGAUUCACAAUUUUAAAAAUCAUAUAGCAUAUCUGUUGGAAAAAUAUCAAGUUCUAAUAGUGAUUGGUGAAACGGGUUGCGGUAAAAGUACACAAUUGCCACAAUUUUUAUAUGAAUUUGCAUAUGUCAAUUUCAAUGAAACGUAUGGAAAAACUCAAAUUAUUGGCAUCACUCAACCAAGAAGGAUAGCCACAAUAUCAUUGGCUGCAAGAGUGGCCGAAGAAAUGAAUGUCGAUUUAGGUGCUGAAGUUGGUUAUUCCAUUCGAUUCGAAGAUGUUUGUGAUGAAAAAUCGACAAAAAUUAAGUUCAUGACAGAAGGAAUACUCAUUAGAGAAAUGAUGAAUGAUCCACUGCUUACUAAAUAUUCGAUUAUAAUCGUGGAUGAAGCUCAUGAACGAUCAGUGAAUACGGAUAUUUUGCUUUCAUUGUUGAAAAAGAUAAUCAAAAAACGAGCCGAUUUAAAAGUAAUCAUAUCAUCGGCAACACUAGAAACCGAAUCGAUAUGUAAUUAUUUCAAUACGAUUGGAAAACAAAAAAUUGAUAGAUCCACUGUCCUAUGUAUUGAUGGCCGAGCAUUUCCAGUCGAAAUAAAUUUUCUAAUCGAACCAACUGCUGAUUAUGUUAAAGAAUCUGUUGAAACUGUGAUAAAAAUUCAUGAAAAUUUUCCUAAUGGUGAUGUUCUUGUAUUUCUUACUGGUCAAGAAGAGGUAGAAGAAACCGUAGAAUCAAUAUUUGAAUAUUCAAAAGAUUUAAAAAAUAAAUAUGAAAAUUACAAAAAAUUAUUGGUAUUUCCAUUGUAUGCAUCUUUGCCGACCAAUGAACAAAUCAAAGUAUUUCAAAUUUUACCUCGUCACAUUCGUAAAGUAAUUGUUGCGACAAAUAUUGCUGAAGCUUCGGUUACUAUACCGGGUGUAUCUUAUGUUGUUGAUUGUGGUUUUGUAAAAAUUCGUAAUUUCAAUUCUAAAUCUGCCACCGAUUCUUUGAUGGUAGUACCAAUCACUAAAGCAUCAGCUCAACAACGUUCUGGUCGUGCUGGUCGUACAAAAAGUGGCUAUUCAUUUCGAUUGUAUACUGAAGAAGAGUUUCGAAAAUUGGCCGAUUUUACUUCGCCUGAAAUUGAACGAGUUUCACUUUCAUCGACUAUUCUUCAACUCAAAGCAUUGGGUAUUGAUAAUAUUGUUAAAUUUGAUUUUAUUUCACCACCACCAUCCAGAAAUAUUAUCGCUGCAUUCGAUGUAUUAUUUGCAUUGAAAGCCAUCGAUAAUAAUGGAUCAUUAACCGAUCCUCUCGGAAUGCAAAUGGCCGAAUUUCCUUUGAAUCCAACAUUUUCAAAAAUGCUUCUGGUUUCUGAAGAUUUUGGCUGUAGUGAAGAAAUUUUAACCAUUGCUUCCAUGUUACAAGUUCAAAAUGUUUUCACCUAUCCACAUGGACAACGAGCUCAACAAGCUAGACGUGCCAAACAUAAUCUGUCCGUUGAAGAAGGAGAUUUAAUAACCUAUUUGAAUAUUUACAAUCAAUUCAUAAAAUCUGCACAGAUUCGAAGUUGGUCAGAUAAAAAUUAUCUUCAUUAUAAAGGUCUAUUACGAGCUGUUGAGAUUCGAAAUCGAUUGAAAAGCCUAUUACAUCGAUUUAAAGUUCGAUUAAUAUCAAGCACCGACGUUGAAUCCAUUUUAAAAUGUAUUGUUGCUGGAUUUUUUACAAAUGCAGCACAAUUAGAUGAAGAUGGCAUCUAUCGAACUAUUCGUGGUAAUUAUGAACUACAUAUACAUCCAACAUCCGUAUUGUAUACUAUGAAACGUUUACCAAAAUUUGUUUUGUUCACCGAAGUAAUUCAUACAAACAAAGAUUAUAUGAAAGAUAUCAGUGUCAUUAAGCCUAAUUGGCUUUAUGAAUUGGCACCACAUUAUUAUGAAUUUGGAACAAAAAAAUAAUCAUAAUAUCGAACGAAUCUCAAAUUUAUUAUUAUG